GUUAGAGGCCGGGGGCUUAAUUUCAUCUCCUUAGAAAUUUCAAGAUCAGCUCGGUCCCUUGGAACAAGGCCAUGUCGGGUUCUUGACUUGAAGGAGUAACUGACAUGAAUUAAAGAAAGAAGAAAGGAAGAAGUGGAGUGAGAAAGAAAGAAACAUGGAGCCAGAGGGAAGGUUUUGAAAACUAGCUCGAGGCCUUUAUUAAGAGAACCCAUUACACAUUUACACCUGAUAGACUUCAGGCAGACAGGGAACAAUACAGCGAGUUACUUCGCAGAUAUAAGGUAUUUCACACAGUUUAGCCAAAUUCAAAUUCUUGAUCUGGGGAAAAGCUCAUUUUUUUUUUAAUGGAUGCAGACUCCUUGAUAAGGAAGCUGGGAAGGGGAGAACAGACACUUGGGAGACUCCUGGGUCUGUGUUUGAUAUAUUAAAUCCAAGGCUGCUUGUAAUGCUAACUAGGAAGGCCAAGGUGAGCACCUUCAGAAGAGGCCCGAUUUCAAUGGUGCAUUCUGGCAGAGUUUGCCAAGGAACAGACUUUUUAGGAAUUUAGACUAGUUCCCCAAAUCUUUCUUUUUUGAGGGUUAGAACUUCUUAACUCACAAAUAUUUCGGAUAUUGCCACAACAAGAAAAAUGCUUUUGCAAUUAUCUCUUGGGGUUUUUUUCCCCCCUGAAUCCUGGCUUUUGUCCCAUUGGAUCCAGUGUGGCAACAUCAUUUCUCUCAUUGUGAUUCAGUCCAGGCAAUCCCAACUGUCCAGUAGCCCCAUUGCUCCCUCCUCCAAUCUGUCAUAGUGCCUAAGGGCCUCACUCAGUCACUCUCCUUUACCCCACUGCCUAUGGUCCUGGAUCAGAUUUAUUUGGUAUGUGUCCAUGGCAUGUCUGCUCAAUGAGACAGUAAGCUAUUCAAAGGCAGAGGAUGCCGUUUUCACCCUCAGAUGCCCAGUCUCGUUAGUACCUUGCCCUUAGGAAGUAAAGGCUCAGUAAAUGUGAUAAAUCACAUUGGAUCGGAUUGAAAAGCUGCCAUUUUAACGCUCAGGACUUUGGUUCCUUGGGGUUGGCUGGCUGCUCUGGGCCUUUCUAAAGGACAAAGGCCUUGACAGAAGCUUAGCAAGGUUGGCCGGGGAGACAGCAGAGAAAGAUGGUGACCCUCACUUUAUUUACCACGAGUCCCUCUUCCGUCUUGCUCAUAGUCUCCCAGAAGGCAGGCUUUUCGGCCCUCUCAGAAAAGCUUUUGUGGCCCAAAUCUCCUCAGGCCUGCCUCAGAACUGGCCUGUGGGAACCAGGAAGGACAGGCAUGGCCACCCUCUUCACUGGGAAAAUCUUGAUAAGGAACAACAGCGACGGGGAUGAGGUGGACACAGAGCAGGAGCUGAGCCUCAGGCUGGACAACAGGGUGCUGCUGCUGUAUUUUGGGGCCGGGGAGUGCCCUCAAUGCCAGACCUUUGCCCCCAUCCUCAAAGAUUUUUUUGUGAAGCUCACAGAUGAGUUCUACGUGAAUAGGGCCUCACAGAUUGCACUGGUAUAUAUCUCCCAAGAUCAGACCAAAGAGCAACAAGACUCGUUCCUCAGAGAUAUGCCCAGGAAGUGGCUAUUCCUGCCAUUCCAAGAUGAGCUGAAAAGGGAUCUUGGGCGCAUGUUUGCUGUAGACCACAUCCCCAUGGUGGUUGUGCUGAAGCCCAGUGGUGAGGUGGUCACCAGGGAUGCCGUGGAGGAAAUUGGCCGACUUGGGCCCGCCUGCUUCUGGAACUGGCAGGAGGCCUCUGAGGUCAUUGACCGGAACUUCCUAACAGCCGAAGACUUUGAUGACUUGGCACCCAGGAGCCUCACCGACCCCAUCCGACGUCUCAAAUAUAAGAUUGAGAAGGGGAUUUUGAGAAGCCCCACUGCACAGGACGAUAACAUAUCCAUUAUUGAGCUUGGCCAUACUAUAAAUUGGACUGAUGAUCUGAUGGUCAGCCAUAACUCGUGAGGCUUAGAAAAUAAAUAAGGAGCUCCUGCAGUCAACUUUUUGUGACAGAAGACCAAUCCAACACAGAGAGGCUGGACUUUUCUGGGUGAAGAAAUAAAGUGCCUAAAGAAGGGCCAGCUGCCUGUCUUGGCAAUGCCAAUAAACUUAAUAUUAGGCCUGAGAUACACCUUCAGUUUUGACUUUUUAAAUUAGGCACCUAAGUAAAGAAACACCAAUAACUAAAAAGGAGAGUAAAAGAUCAAGCAGGAUAUUAAGAGAUAUUAAAGAAUGACAAGACAGACAUCUAUAUUACACAGGAAAAAUUCAGACUAAGAAAUACAAUUUGUAGGCCAUUCAAAAAUCACAAUCUUUUACUUUGUAAGCUUUUGAAUGUCUAAUUUAUAUCUCUGGGUCUUCCCUACAUGAUUCAUUCUGUCUUUACCUCUAUACUUAAGCACAAACAAUCCUUAGGAAACCUAAAUCAGUCAUAUCUACUUAAGGGAUAUGAAGAAUUAGAUUAACAACCAGAACCACAUUGUGAAUACACACUUUAGGCUCAACAAGACCAAUUUUCCCAAUGAUUAUGCCAAUGACUUCCAUGAUGAAAGGAAGAGAAAGAACCUGUUUGAGAAUGUGUAGGUGAGAGCCAAAGAGGAUAUAUGACCUGCAUAUAUAGCCUCAGACAGACAAUGCAACCGGGGUAGUAGGUUCCUUGUUUCUAAACGUUAAUGAAUGAUUCUGAAACUCUGGUAACUUACAUCAAUU